AUGGCCUCCCGCAGCGUGGGCACACUACUGAGCGAGUUCAAUGCCGCCUACGUGCCCCCUGCCCUCAUGCCCGGGUACCAAGGCCAUGUCCCCGGUGUGGCCUUUGCCUUCGGCGCCUCCUACGGCACCAACACCUUCAGGUACUUCCAGGACCACCGCAAUGCAGCCAUGGAGAAGAACUUCACGUGCUUCAGCAGAGGUAGCAGCUUCCCCACCGUCUUCUCCUCCGACCUGGACCUGGCGAUACGUGGCCGAUCGCACACCAGGGACCACUGGCUCUACCUGCCGAGCGACACCCACUUCAACCUAGACAGCGACGGCUACGCACUGUCCCUGAGUAAAAAGGCUCGAAGGGACUUAUCACAUGAACCCCUCCACCUGGGUCCAACACACCUACUUACCCACCGACCCUCGGCCGCCACUUCUCACCCCAUCUCCAAUGUACCCUCGAGGCGUCGACUACCCCGGUCCAGGCUCAGCCACUCGGGAGAACGACACCCCCUCCCCACCAACCUGCCUCCUCUGAGCCCGAAGAAGAAGUGGCACCUUUUAAGAGUCUCCCCUGGCAAUGUGAAGACCUACCAGACCUUCCCAUCGGGGAAGAGGGUCUCCUUGCAAGAGCGUCAGAAGCGGGACUGCUACUUUGAGUUCAGAGCGUGA